AUGGUGGACAAGGAGGGGAAUCCGAUCAAAAGACGCCGGCUGCUGUGAGAAUUCGUAUCCGCCCCGAUAUUGCGUCGCGCCGUCGUUACGAGCCUCUGGCGUCUAUUUUUGUUCCAGCAUUUCAGUUGGUCGAUUCCACCGGAAGCGACAGAAAUAGCCAUGACCGUCUCUUACAAUUUGGACGUGUCUUCGGCUUCAAUUAUUUCUUUUCUCAGGCUGCAGCUCCGAUGGCGCGGCUCCAUAUGGAAGUCCGUUCUCAAGGUUUUAGCUCCUUUUCGAUUUUAUGAUAAGUACGUUUUUUAAUGAUUAGAAAUGAGUUUUUAAAAUUUUUUCAAAUCUUCUGCAGGUAUAUAAGUUCUUAUCUUUGUCGUUUUUUUGUCACAUUUUUGCAGAGCGUUAUGUAAAAAACUCAAAAAUCUCUGAAAGUUGCUGAAAAAAGGAUAAGUUCUGAGACUGUAUCAAAAAAAUGAAAGUAUAUUUAUGAUAAAUCAAAUUUCAGGAACUUGCAAUGUUCGUCUUCGCUUUCUCAUGCGUUUCAAUAGUUUACAGAACGGACCUCUUCCUCAGCAAACAGCAGAGAAAGUGAGAUUUCAUUCUGAUUAGUUGUCCCAGGACCAUUAUAAGAAUUAUUUGAGAGAUAAGCUUAUCUUUCAGUUUUAUUGAAUAUUUUUGAUGAAUCUCGAAAAUAAAUCCAUUUUGCCCAUACUAUUCCUUCAGAAUUUGGGACAACUUCGCAGCAUUAUUCGACCAAACGAUGGAUUUUAUUCCACUCACCUUCAUGCUCGGAUUUUUCGUCACCAUCAUAGUUCGCCGUUGGAACGACAUAUUUGCUAAUCUUGGAUGGAUUGAUAAGUGAGAAAAAUGAUAAUUUUGAAGCUAAAAAAAGCUUUUACGAGGAAUUUCAUCUCACAUUGGGGCUAGAAAAUUUCUAAAGUUAGGUCGAAGCUUUCUUUUGUACUGUAAGAGAGAUCCUGAAAGCCUCAACCUGCAAAGUUCUCUAGUUUCCGAAAAAAAAAGUGUUCAAAGUCGGAGGAAAUUUUUUUUGAAGGCUUUUUCGAAUUUACGCCGUCUUUCAUUGAAAAAUUAGAUAUUUUGCAGUAUGAAACUCCAGAAUUUUUAUCUGGUACGUCAAAAAGUUUGCUGCCCAAUUUUUCGAGAUUUUUCAACCAAAAAGUAAAAUGAGCAUUGUUGUCAGUACGGCGAUUAUGGUGGCGACGUACAUCCGAGGGGACGACGACAGGACGAGAAUGAUGCGACGGAGCGUCGUCAGAUACAUGGUUCUGACCCAGGUCCUCGUCUUUCGCGACAUCAGCCUCCAAGUUCGACGACGGUUCCCAGCAUUGGACGCUAUUGUUGCGGCAGGUUAGGAAUGAGAAUUGGACGAAGAAAACAUCAAGAACAAUUUAUCUGAAUAACUGUACCUUUGAAAAAGCUUGAGGCUUCCCAGAGAUUUUCUAAUUUUUCGAGAUACCUUUCAAACUCGCAGCAAGCAAAAUGUUCACCUCACUUUCCAGGUUUCAUGCUGGAAACCGAGAAAGACUUGCUGAACGACUCGAAUCUCCGUUACGCACGCUAUUUCCUACCCAUCGAAUGGUGUACCUCACUGCUCUACCAAGCCAGAAGCGAGGGGAAAAUCGGAGCAGACCUACUAAUGAAUGAACUGUCAAAGCAUGUGCUCGAGUUCCGAAAGGGCCUCGCUCAACUGUGCAAUUUCGACUGGGUGCCAAUUCCUCUGGCCUAUCCUCAAGUCGUGUUUCUGGCUGUGAGAUCCUACUUCCUCAUGUCGGUGGUCGCCAGACAAUCCGUUCUUAUUGAUGGACAGCCGCCAGCUGAUGAGAACCCGGUGAUUGAUUUUUUGAAAAUAAUAGAAUUUUCUUUAUCUGGUAGCGCUUGGAAUGACUCAAAGCCUAAAGGGAGCUUUAAAAAGCGUCCGACUGAAAAAUAUUUUCGCGCCGAACUUACUGAAAAACUUUGAGCUAGCAGAAGUUUUUGAAAACGGCUUUGAAUCUUCAAUAAAAACGCAAACCGCAAGGCUCCGAGCCGUUCUCAGUGCGUCCAAAGAUGGUAAGCCGGGGCAUAGGUCCUUCUGAAAAAUCAUUCCGCAAGUUUUUCUUUGUAGUUCCAUCGAAAAAACUAAUUACUCUAAAAAUUUGAACUUUUUCAGCUCUAUCCUUUGGUCCCAUUUAUCAUGUCAGCUCUUCAAUUUGUCUUUGUUGUUGGCUGGAUGAAGGUUCUGUCCUUUCUAUCAAACCACCUAUCUUUCCUUGGCUUUCAGGUAGCCGAGAGCAUGAUAAAUCCAUUAGGAGAGGAUGACGACGAUUUCGAGUGCAAUUUUCUGUUGGAUAGAAAUCUAUCAGUAGGCCUCUCCAUUGUCGAUGAGUGUUAUAAUCGACAGCCGGAUCUCGAAAAAGACGUUUUCUGGAGCACUGGUAGGACUUUAUUGCUAAUUCGAAGAAAAAUGAGGUAAUUCAGACGUUGAGCCGCUCUAUUCGUCGGAUACGGCUCUGAUUCCGAAGAAUCCACAAAUCGGUUCGGCUGCUAAUUAUGAGUAAGCUGUUUCAUAUUUUCUUUGAAAGUUUGAAACUCGUUUUAGGAUGAAAGAUGAAGAGGUUCUGAUGAUGCCGCAUGUAGAUGACAUGCUGGGAGAUGAGCUCGAUUUCAAGGACAGCUCGAAGUUGAUUCCGAGGUUGCAAAUAUGAAAAGAAAGGGCUACUGCAAGGAAUGGCGCAAGUGUUGUUUGAAAGCUGCGAUAAAAAAAAAAUUUAGAAAUGGGAUUCAAUGACAAGUUAGCUUUCAGUUGCUGAUAGACUUUGAGAUCACCAUGUCUUGAACCAUGAUUUUUAACAUUGAAAAAUGAUUAGUUAACAAUAGGAAGAUUCCAGAAAACACUACUCGGUAAUGUCAGUUGCUCAUCCGUUUGGGAGCGGCACAAGCUUGCCAGUGACUCGAAAAAGAAGCGCUUUUGCCUUCGAUGCCAUCACUCGGAAAAUCAAUAAUCGAUCGUGAGUUUUUACAAUCAAGCUUUGAAUUUUUCAAGUUUUCAUCACGUUCCUAUUGAUGGACUAUGUCAAUUAAAAUAAUACGCUUUAAAAGUUAGUUUUUACUUUUGAAUUUAAGAUCCUCACGCGGCCAAGUAACUUGAAUAUUUAUUAUUCAUCUUAAUGAUGUCAUACUGCAGGAACAGCCGCCAAAAAUUGUACAACUCCUGGUCCCAAGCCACUCUCAAUGGAAACUUUCAAAUGGAUGAUGUUUCUUAUCUUCUUUUUCUUUUUCAAAUUGUUAGUUUUACAGAACGCAGAAGAAGGAACAACAAAUCGGCAUAAAAACUCGAGCAUGUUAUUGAGGGCUCCUGAGAACCUUUUAGAUUACGAAGGUGCAUUUUAUGAGCCUUUUUUUCAGUUUUUUGAGAGUCUUUUUGACUUUUUCAAUAAUUCUAGGGUACAAAGUGUUAUUUCAAUUUCUAUAAAGUUUGAAAAGUGUUUCAAAAUAUCUACAAAUCUUUCAGGAAACGACAACUCGAUCUCAAUGCAAAAGCUGUCGUGCGACUUGACAACAGUCGAAGAGGAAGACGAGGAACGGGCGAAAAGUACUCUGGACAAAAGCCAUGGGUCCUGA